AAAGAAAACUGUUUACCUGCUGAAAGACAGGACUUUUGUACGGCCUUCCUACUAUGUCAUUUGUUGGCAUAGUACAUUUGGACGAAAAAAAAAUGCACAUACUAGGAUCAUUUGAGCGCCGACAUCAUAGGACAUUUUAGCGCCGGAAUAAUAACUGUACCUGAAAUUUCCUGUGAUACUUUUAUAUGAAUUAAGAAAAUAUUUUUAAAAGUUACAAUGACUAUCCCUUUUACAGACGAAGAGACAUUGAAAACCAGCGACUGCGGAGUUCAAAAGAAUAACGAACAUACUGAUUAUGAAUUAUACUACUCUACGUGCGACUGUCACCCAAUCGCAUGUGCUUUAUUAGAUAUAGACACUUCAAUACAUUCAUACGAAAAAUCCAAGAAUAGUCUAUUGGUUUUGUAUACAUUGGCAUUGUUCAUUACUCUAAUUGUAAAAUGUGUAUUCAAUGCUUUUAUUCAUAAAACCAUGAUUGGAAAAUGUGGUCACAACAUGAAAGUUAAAGUAAAAUGGAAGAGAUCUCUGAAGAUGGAAGAACCAUAUUUUGGACAUAAAUGGCUGCUCGAUAACAUAGUAAUACCGAUUCGAAAUAUACCAAAGUCUAUUAUUCAAACUAUGCCGUUCCUGCCCCAAGAUUUUCGUAUUUUCUUAAAAGACGAGAAGAAAUCGCAAAGUAUGCAAUUUGAAGGUGCACGAUUCUCUACAUUUUCAACAUUUCCUGAAAUACCGGGAAUAUAUGCAACUAGGUUAGCGGAAGCUGGGUUCUUUUAUUCCGGGUAUGAUGAUGAAGUUGUUUGCUACAGCUGCGGAGUAACGCACAAAAACUGGAAACGUUACGAUUCACCGUUUGAGAUUCACAAACAAAUAUCUCCAAGUUGCUCCUUUUUGUUAGACAUAAAACCAGUACGAGAUGAAGCUACUCAUAUGUCAGGUGCUUGUGGGCGUAAUGAAAUUGAAUCAAAUAACAAGGAAUCUAUUUCAAAUGAUAGAAGUUAUCAAACAUCUUCUAAAUCAAAGAAUGAAAAACGCGAGAGCAGAGAGUAUAAUUCCACGUGUUCAAAUCAAAUAAGUUCUGGCAACGUAAACAACAUGAGAACGGAAGGUACUCCUGUCGCCACCAGUUAUUCAACAAAUGACACACACAGUUUAAUCAGAAUUCCUGAAUUCUAUGCGCACACACAACAUGCAAUAUUAAAUGCAUCAGGAAGCAUAUCACAAGAUGUAUAUACAAGAUCUACGUCGAAAAACAAUCUAAGUGAAUCAGCAGCGUUAGGAGUAUGUCUUGAUAAACCAAAGUAUCCAAAAUACGCCAUAAGAUCAGUAAGACUUGAUUCAUUUAGUCAUUGGCCGCAACAUUUGACACAGUCUCCAGAAGAAAUGGUUACAGCAGGGUUCUUUUUCACAGGAACAGACGACCAUUGCCGAUGCUUUUUCUGUGGUGGUGGUUUAAGGAGCUGGGAACCAGGUGAUCAGCCAUGGAUAGAACAUGCCCGCUGGUACCAGAAGUGUACUUUUUUACUGCAGUGUAAAGGAGAAAAAUUUAUAGAAGAUGUUCAAAUGAAUAGAAUUUUACCAAAUGAGAAUGAGAAUAAUUGGCAUCCAAAUUCGUCAGGAGAAACAAGAAUUCCGGUUACGAAGCCUGUUGAAUACAGUAAUCAUCCAGCUGUAAUGGCGGUUGCAGAUUUUGGAUAUGAUGAACGUGUGGUAAAGAAGGCUUAUGAUUCGCUACAAAAAUCAGGAUCGACAGAGAUUACUGGAACACUUCUGCUUGAAGCGAUAUUCCAACUUGAAGAAAAUGGCAGAAAUAACGAGUCAACAAAUUCAAUAGAAACGGGACGACAACCUGUCAAUGAUACGCAAGAGACAAACGAAGACAACUUAAAAGAGGCAAAUGAAAAUAAAUCUACUAAAGAAACGACAUGUAAUCCUGAUCUUGAACUGUCGAUAAGAAGCUUAGAAGAAGAAAAUCAAAACCUGAAAGAUCAACAGACAUGUAAAAUAUGUCUAGACGAACCAAUAGCCAUAGUUUUUCUUCCAUGUGGUCAUCUAGCUGCCUGCACAAACUGUGCGCCUGCGCUUAGGAGAUGUCCAAUUUGUAGAGCAUUCAUAAAAGGAACCGUAAAGGCUAUUUUGAGCUAACAAAUGUGAAAUUAUUGAUUUUUUAUUGAUGAAAUUUAAAAUAUAUUUCAUAAUAUAGAAACAUCAAAGUA